AUUAGCAACUCAGCGGGAAAAAAACAAGGGAAGAACAAAAUUAGGGGAGUCUAAACCCCAGGCACGGACACCAGGCUCGACGAGCGUCCUCUGCAAGAGACUCUUGUGUCUGAUGUCGUACGACGUGACAGACUUGGUCGGUCUGCUGGGAUCAGAUGUGAUGCGCCGAGAUCGAUUGGAGGCAUGAGCUGCUAGGACGGAAACAAACUGCGCGAUCGUUCCUCUGGUCACCACGAUCAAGUUGCGAUGUCCAGAAGAACAAGCUCAUACCGCACCGGUGGCGCGAACUCUCGGUACAGUCCGUCCUGCAACUAUGGUUCCAGUUCCAAUGCAACGCGGAGCUCUGCCUAUAGCACGUCAGCGCCCUCGUACGGCAGCAGCGGACGCUACAGCGGAAGUGGUUUGGCUCCCAGCCUGAACAUCUACGCGCCCAGCUACAAGACUGCUGGCACGACCUCCGGCUAUGGCUCGGACUACGGUCGUGGUAGCCGCCCAAGCUCCGGCUACGGCUCGGGAUACGGGUCGGACUAUGGCAAGAGCACAGGGUCUGGAUACAUAUCAGACUACGGCAGGUCAGGAGGGGGCUACGCAUCCGACUACGGUAACCGAAACAGUGGAUACGGAUCAGACUACAACAGAUCCACCACGCUGCGGCCGGUCUAUGGGAGACAGCCCUCAUACCAGGGCGGCGCCGGGAGCUCCGGAGGAUCUUAUGGCACCUACCGACGUCCUUCAAAUUCGGGCAGUGGAAGCGUCGCCAACGUGGUCAAGAUGUUCGGCGGCCUGGCCCGCCAGUCCCGGGAUGACUCGGGCAAGCCUCCAGUGGGCAGGACAUACUCUGUCAGGGGCCGGGAGGACUCCAGGCCGGCAUUCUACAGGAUGCCUUCCAGGGAGGACGCCAGGAGCACGGGAUUCGACAGACGGACUGGUGAACCCACGUCUCCCGACGCCCAGGAGCCCAAGGCGUCAGCAGCUCCGCUGACAAAAUCGGAGUCAAAGGGGGGCAAGGGCGGCCUGGCCCCAGCCGACUUCACAUCCACAUCCGAAUCCGAGAGCGAAGAGGAGGACAGCGAUGAGGACGAGCCGCCCCAGAACGAAGCACCCUCCCGCCUCGGCUUCGCCACCAGUAGGGGCACGUCCCCAGCAAGGAGCGCCGGGGAGGGCUCCUGCAGCGCCAUCUCGAACGUCGACCACGUUCCGAAGUCGCCAAGAACCGCAGCCGUCGGGAAGAGGUCCCUGGCGCAACAGGUGGACACGGCUGACCUGGAGGCCUCGCGAGCACGGAACAAUGGGGCAAAAAGACCAACAUCUUUUGGUUCAGCCAUUCCGAGGCAGAGGUCAAACAGAACGACUCCUAGCCCGACGUCCUCGGUCAGGAGUCGAAGCAGUGCCUCAGUGAGUCCUACGUCUUCCGCAACGAGAAUAGCCGUUACCACAAGCCCCAGUUCCAGAAUACCUGUGUUGAACGGCUCUACCGUCACCAAGACGUCCAGCCCGCCAAGAACAACGAGUCUAACGUCUCCGUCGGACUCAGUCGUUUUCCGUUCUCGCCAAGAAGACGAGGAGACCCUGCAGAACAAAGACUUCCGGAAGUCUGUGCUCAACAUGAACCUUAGCGAGCUUGAACUCGAAGAGUACCUAUCCAGGCAACGGGAACAGCGAGAUCGCUGCAGUCAGCAGGUCGAUAAGGAGCUGGAAAAUCAGAUUACAACCACCACGGGGGAAUCGACGUCGGAGGAAGAACAGGAGGUAUCGCUGUCAAGGUCCUCUUCAGCAAGGAUCGGGAAAAGUGGCUCGAAGUCUAAACUUAUAGAUGCAUCAUUGCGACCCAGUGGGUCGAGAACCAUUGUUUCGAGGAGCUCGUCGCAGAAUCGACUUCCCAAAAGAGUGGGCAGUCGAGAUAAUAUAUUGCAGGGGAGUCAAAGUAACGACCGUGUUUAUGACAGGUCGAGGAGUGCCUCCGGUGCUGACCUUUUGGAAACGACAACAACAGACGAUGAUGAAGAUAUAUCCGAAGCCCGGAGUCGUAGAGUGCGUCGGCGGCGCAAGGGAUCCCGGGAGAACGUUCUGGAUGCGGCACCAGCUGCAGUGGUUCAAACACCGGUCAAAUACGACCGGCAAGAAUCCAGCAGCUCGGUUGCUUCAUCCAGCACCAGCUCGUCAGAACCGGCAGACUCAGCCGAACCUGGACCUUCGCCGGUCAUGGAAGCGCCUCACGUUACAGUCACGACGCAUACGACCAGUGAGGGUGACGAUGAGGAGGAAGAAGAAGAUGAGGAAGAAGAAGAAGAAGAAGAUGAGGUGGCUAGUUUAGCCGUGACUCCUGUUCCAUCUGGAGGCAAUGUGUCUCCCGAGUCUACCACUCUAGCGUCUGUUCUGAGCGGUGUACCGGCGGAUGCCACUGAGGCGGAAGAAUCGUCAGAUCAGGAGGAAGAAAAUGAAGCAGAAGAACAAGAAGACGAUGAAAGAGAAAAAAACAAGGAACUCGACCUCAGUGAUUUAUAUAGGCCGUUACAUGACCAUAAUACGGACGCCUCCGAUGAACAAAUUCAGGGAAGCAGAGGAGACAAUGACGUGGUGGAAGUUACUGAGGAAGAAAAAGACGAGACAUCCAGUGAAGGACAUUUGGAAAACGAUGACGAAAGUGAAGGUCCGAAGGUGUGCACUGAAGGUGACCUUGAAGAGGAUGCUGGAAGUGGAGAGCCAGAUCAUGAAGUGAUUUCGGAAGAACUUGAAAACAAUAAAAUAGGAUACGAGGACGAUGUAGAUGAAAGUGAGACAAGGGACAGCGUCAGAAGAACGACUGAGCUAGAUGAAGAACCAAAAGAUGAAACAACAGAUGAAACAAGUGCUGAAGAGGAGGAAGAGGACGCUGGAACCGAGAGCGAAGUAGAUGAAACUGGUGCAGAAAUCAGGUUAGAACAAAAAGAACCAGAUGUCUUCGGAGAGAAGAAAGUUGAGGAAGAAGAAUCUGUGCAACGGGCCGAUAAAGAGGCUGAAAAAUCUUGUGAAAACGAAGAAGAGGGAGAAGAAGAAAAAGAGGAGGUGGAGGAGGAGGAGGAGGAGGAAGAGGAAGAGGAGGACGAGGUUAAAGAUAAAGAGGUAAAAUAUAGCGAAAGGGAAAUAGGCAAUAUAGAAUUUUCAGGGGACAAAGCAAGGAAAGAGGAUAGUGAAGAACACGAAGAUAAGGGCGAAGAGAAAGACGAAGAACAAAGUAAAACAGAAACAGUUGAAGUUAACACACCUGACACACCAUCAGUCACCCCUGAAACCAUUAGUAAGACUCCCUCACAAUCUUCAUUCCUACAGGGUCCUAAGACAGAAAGCAAUAUCCCGAAGCUUACUGCGGGAGCGACAUUUCAGCCACCCCAGGAUCGGAUUGGACUCGCAUUCAACAAUCUCCCCAAAACUGAUUCCCAAAGCGACAUACGGAGACCAACAACUUUGGUCGGUUUGAACAGGUCGACAGAGCCAUCUUCUCAAUUGCCGAAGACCCCUUCCACGCCAGGCGUCACGAGCCCAACCGUGCUGAGCCCCAUGGUGGCCAACAGAACAGCUUCUCCUUAUGUGCGGCAGUGUGCCCCGGAACGGACACCCACGGAAGAGAAACCAACUAGUCCCAGCGUGUCUCCCUUGUCGCCGUUCAGUCACCCCAGUGCUAGCUCAGUCAAUAGAAUUGCCUCGCAGUUCGCGGCUGUCCCAAGCCCUCCUACGUCUGAACCUGUCCGGAGGUCCAGAGCUACCCAUUCUGCUAUACCGACACCUACAACAAGCGGGAAAACGGAGGACAAUAAAAUUCCAGUGGCCCCCCUGUUGCAGUCAACAGUAGCUCGCCCCCGUCAAAGGCAUAUAAUACCAAUUCCUAUAGCACCUGUGUCUCCAGCUCGAGUUUCAUCAGUUCCCCCAGUCCCUCCAGUAUCCACAACUUCCGUCUCUGCAUUUCAGGAUAAACCAACUUCACUCCCAGCUCAGCAGUUUCCAGCUUCUACAGUGUCCGCCGUGAGAGUGUCUCAAGUUCCAGUCCCUCAUGUUGCACCGCCACAAGCUCCAAUUCCCGCAACUCGAACGUUCCCCAUUCCAGCGCCUCCAUCUUCAAAGGUUUUACCGGCUCAAACUCCCCCCCAGGUAGUCAACGAAAAACCUUCUUUCAUAGCUAAACCAACUUCUGUGCCGGCGCAACGGCCAAGUUCCCUGGAUAUUGUUAAGGAUUCACCCAGCAGAGUGUCUGCCGAUACCUUCCUGGAGAAUUACAAAAAGUCUCGCGAGGCUCUCAGCAAGAGCGACUCUUCAGGCCACGUGAAGAGCCCGUCCGUACUUGCUGCCCAGCGGACACUUCUAGCAACAGACACGGCGCAGACGACACCGUCUCAGAAACCACCUGAACCCCAAAAGACUUCCACCGCUCCAGCACCACUUAAAGAGUCAGUUACAAAUAGGUUCCAGAAUCCGCCAGAGCCGAGUCGUACUGUCAUUCAGGUGCCCCCUGCUCCGAGACGAAGACCAGCGCCGCUUGUACGAACACCGGACAACCGAAAAAGCAGUCCUGGUAUACCGUCUGAAUCAGAACGAGCGAAAUUCAACGACCUUACAAAAACGAGCAAGAAACCCGUGACCAAGUUUAUCGGGUCCUGCAAAGACAUCGACUCUUUCUUGAAGUACGGCGACGACGAAGAACCAGAGACUUUCGAACAGUUCGAAGAUGAGUUUGAGAAAGGUGCCGUCAUGCCGCUUCCUGAACCGAAGAAGCUGUCACCCGGAGACCGGGUGAAACUCUUCAUCGGAAAAUUCCAGGAUAUUGACGACAUGUUGGGGACUCCAGCUGCUCCUCCGGUUUUCCCACUUAGUCCCAGCGAUAGAAGCCCGUUCGAGAAAAGUGCGAGCAACGCCCAUGACAGCGAUUCUUCGGGAGACUCCUCCUUGGAAGAAGUGAAGGUGUCUUCUGUUCGAGUGCACGAGUCCAAGCAAGCGCUUCGGCCACGGCUGGACGCCUACACGGAAGAAAUCGACUCCAGUGCUGUGCGGAUAAGAGAGCCCAAAGUGAUGCAGGGACAGAUCACCAAAAGACCCACCAGGAAGUUGGACGACUGCACACUGCAGCUGUACAAGUUCAGCGCCGCCGACAGCGACUAUGGCAGCUACUUGGACCUUGAGUCGACUAUCGACGAACAGAGCGACGACUUCGAAGGCUUCCAAGACAACCGGAAGAAUGCAGUCCUGCUCCGCACCCAGCUGUCCGUCCGAGUGCACGCCAUCAUCGAGAAGCUGCUCAACUCGACGGGCCGCGAACUGCGAAGAGCGCUCUUCUCCCUCAAGCAGAUCUUCCAGGAUGACAAGGACCUCGUGCACGAGUUCGUGCAGAACGACGGUCUCGCCUGCCUCAUCAAGGUGGGCUCGGAGUCGGACCAGAACUACCAGAACUACAUCCUCCGAGCUCUGGGACAGGUGAUGCUCUACGUGGACGGCAUGAACGGCGUGGUAGAGCACAACGAGACCAUCCAGUGGCUCUACUCGCUCAUCGCCUCCAAGUACUAUAGAUGGUACCGCCUGGUGGUGAAGACGGCUCUGAAGUUGCUCCUGGUCUUCGUUGAGUACACAGAAAACAACAGUGCCCUGCUCAUGAGUGCCGUCAACGUGGUGGACUUUGAACGAGGUGCAAGACCAUGGGCAAACAUCAUGAUGCUGUUGAACGAAAGAGAUUCUGCUGACAUGGAACUGUUGGUGUACUCGAUGACUCUUAUAAACAAGACGCUGAACGGCAUUCCGGACCAGGACACAUACUACGACAUUGUUGACUCGCUUGAGGAGCAGGGAAUGGAACGACUCAUCCAGUACUACAUGUCCAAGCAGGGAACUGAUCUUGAUCUGCUUCAACAGUUCAGGAUCUAUGAGGCUGUCUUGAAGCAUGAGGAUGGAGAUGGUGAUGGCAAGGCCCUGCCACUUGAUGUCCGGCUAAGGCAAGUCCCUCGUAGUCGCAAGGCAAGCAACGACGAAAACGAACGAAGGAAGAGUCGACGUCACUCGCUCGGCAAUUUGACACCCAACAGUACAAGCCCGUUCAAGCAACGGCCUUCACCCCUUGCCAAGACCCCAGAGGCCACCACACUUCCUCAGUGGAGGAGAAGGGAUGUGAACCAAAAUGAAGAGCCGGUGAAGGUGCCCGACCACGGGAAGAAUGGCAUCGCCCAUAACGACAGCAACACGCCGGAGAUUGACGACGUAGUAAAUGGGAUCACACCAGCACUGCGGAGGCGCAGAGAGAGAGAUGCUCGCAAUCGCUGCCUCAUUCGUGAGCAAGAAGAGAAUGGCCGUGACCACCAGACCAGUGCAUCUCCCUCUCCGACUACGCCGCCCGCAAAUUCCACUGAGAAGCAGGCUCAACGAGGACCAUCUUUCAUUGAACGCACCCGGUCGCGGUUUGAGAGCCGAAUCGAGGAUGAAAACCGCAAGAACCAGCAACUCUCGCAACAACAGACGCCAGCCUUACCCAACUUUACGCCACCACUUCAGAGGCCCACCAAUCUGCACACGGAACCGCCCAAGAGCUUUGGCCCCUGUCCCAACAAGUCCCCACAGCCGUACACAAGCCCGACGCAACGCGACCCUAACAAGAAGUCAUGGGCACUCUCCAUGAUGUACGGCAAGAACCACGAGGAAGAGAACUCUCGCGAGGAGGAGCUGGUUCGGCCACCUCAGCAACUCAAGAAGGACGGACUCCGUGAGCUCCAGGACAGAAUAACGGGAAGGACGACGGAGUGCUCUGCGGACGUCUCGACGGCCGGCGCAGUCAACCGUGCCAAAGAGGGCCUCGCCGCGUCACGGUCCCGGACCGACUUCCGUUCGCUGCUUCCCCAGACGAGCUCUUCGUCCAUCCCUGACCUGCUGUGGAAGUCUGACAACGAUCUGCAGUGGGAGCAGCUAGUCCGCUCCAUAAGGCGUCCCCUGCUUAUUAACGACCUCGACUUCACGGACCUCCGAGAUGACGACGAUGCCGACGUCCUCCAGCCGGUCGGCGGGGCUUCGGGGCCAGGCCUUCCUCCACCGCCCCCUCCGCCUCCCAAUGGGGCUCCGCCCCCACCGCCGCCUCCUCUCGGUGGUCCACCUCCCCCUCCAUUGGGUGGGCCGCCCAAGGCACCUCCCCCGGCACCUUCCUGGCUGCAGCAGAGGCAACAACAGCAGCAGCAGCAGCAGGCAGCAAUGAAUGCGCUGCCUCCUAAAAGCAAGAAGACUGUCAAACUGUUCUGGAAGGAGGUCAAGGUGGAUCAGGGGCUGCUGGCUAAGAUGCCCAAGAAGAAGACCAUCUGGGACGAGUUGGGCAGGGUCCAUGUGGACACACAGAAGCUCGAGCAUCUCUUCGAGAGCAGAGCCAAGGAGGUGCUCAACAGGGAGAAAAAUCAAGAGGGCAAAAAGAAUGAAGUCAUAGUACUGGAUGCCAAACGCUCCAAUGCCAUUAACAUUGGCAUGACCAAGCUGCCACCUCCAAGAACAAUAAAGACUGCAAUCCUCAAGAUGGACAGCACCAUCAUGAACAAAGAAGGCAUAGAGAAAAUUCUGACCACCAUGAUGCCAGGAGAGGAUGAAAAGAACAGGAUCAUGGAGGCCCAGAUGGCCAACCCAGAUGUCCCCCUGGGAAAUGCGGAGCAGUUUCUGCUUACAUUGGCAUCCAUCAGCGAGCUUGAAGCAAGGCUCCGACUCUGGGCUUUCCGGUUGGAUUAUGACGUUUUGGAGCGGGAGGUAGCUGAGCCAUUGAUGGACUUGAAGCAAGCCAUGGAGGAGAUUGAAACCAACCGAACUCUGAGGAUUAUCCUGGCAACACUGCUCUCCAUCGGUAACUUCCUCAACGGAGCAGAGGUAAAAGGUUUCCAAAUAGACUACCUGGCCAAGGUUCCGGAAGUGAAGGACACAGUACACAAGCACUCUUUGCUGCACCACCUCUGCCAUAUGGUGAUGGAGAAGCACCCAGACACCACUGACCUCUACUCAGAGAUUGGUGCAGUCACUAGGAGCUCCAAGGUUGACUACGACGAAGUGGCCAAAAACCUGAGUAAGAUGGAAAGCGACUGCAAAGCGUCCUGGGAACAUCUGAAGGUCAUUGCAAAGCAUGAUGGAUCUGCCAUGAAGGCCAAGCUGUCCGAAUUCCUCAAUGACUGUGCGGAAAGGAUAGUGAUCCUGGGGAUCAUUCACCGCAGGAUUCAUAACAGGUUCCACAAGCUCUUGGUGUAUCUUGGAUGUCCGCCCCAUUCAAUCCGCGAGACCAAAGCACAGCAGGUGUGCAAGGUUGUGAGCGAGUUUGCCCUUGAGUAUCGCACCACCAGGGAGAGGGUCCAGCAGCAGUUUGAGAAGAAGGCCAACCAUCGUGAACGCAACAAGACCCGUGGCAAGAUGAUCACAGAGAUGGACAAAUUCAAAACAAAAGAGCAACAGGCUGAUCAAGAACUCCGGCAGCUUCUAGGCAAUGGAGCUUCAGAUGUGGACGAACCAAAAGGAGGCAAAUGGGGAACUGUCCCAGGCAUGCGUGUGCGACCACGAAUACCCCAAAGUCCAGGGGGGACCUUGGGGCGCCACAGUACGCCAACACGCGAUGAGAACCUCACCGAUGCUGAUGAUGAGAUCUUGGAGAGUCUUGUAAAAACCGCCACGGCACAACAGUCACGAAGUGAGCCUCGCAUCCGCAAGAAGGCGCGCUACGGCGACAGAAAGUCACUUCGCCGAACCCUGAAAAGCGGAUUGGACCUUUCCGAGGACGAGCGACGUUCACUUUCAGCAAUGUCUUCGUAGUCUGCAAUCAGUUUAUGAGCUCACAAGUCUUUCACCAUACUGCUUACAGAGAUUAUUUCUGAUAAGUGUUGUGCAUCUAUCUGUUGGAACACAUGCAACAAAAAUUGAGAGAAAGUUGAUCUCGCAGUCAUGACAUAUUGCCAGAUGUAUGCACACGCAUCUGAAAGCUGCAUUAUAGAGUUUAGACAGGUAAAGGGUGCCUUUUCAUAUUUUGAAGUAUUUGAAGACCACUGGAGAAAACAAUGAUGUACUGUAUGUAUGGAAAUGCACCUAUAUAAUUCUACAAACUGUCGAAUCUAGUUCUAUUGUUAGCUUUUAAAUCACCAGAGAAUUUGUUUUGUUUCUCACACCAUAUGGCCAUGUGUGUACCCUUUGUAUGGCCCUUCAUGGCCGCAACAUAACUCUUAGUUCUUCGGCACGUAAAAUCAAUCGAAGGCAACACCAAUCAGCGCAAAAAGGCAGAGAUGCUAGAUGCCAGGGUAGGUGCUGCAGGCCUAAGGAACUGCAUGGGAGAGUGGGAGACCGUAGAGUGUGUGAUGUGCUAGUUCCCUUGUAAAUAUGUUGUAAAUGGAGUAGUCUAGUGGUUGCUGAGUUUUCACCUCUCUCUUUCAUUGGACUUGUGCAAUGUCUGAACACGAAAGUAAAUUACCAGUCCAGGAGACAGGAAAUGGUAUGUGUGGUUUGUUUGUGCACUGACCGGUCCAGCCGCGACAGGUUGAAUACUUAAACUGGAUACUUUGUUAGCAGAUUUGUUUUUGUACAGUGAGAAAGGUUAUUUAUUGUUUUUUGUUCUCAACCCCCCCUGUGAUCUAUUUUCAGCAAUUGUGACAUUCUUCAAAGUUUCAAAGCUGUUUGCUGAAAAGGGCUAAGUUUCUUGUGCAGAAAAACCCGAGCUGCUGAGAGCUUACAGGCUCGAGUGUUGUUCACAGUGCUGAGCAAGCUUCCUUUUUUUUUUUUUCCCUUUUGAGUUUUACACAGAGUUGUGACAUUUUGUUAUUGACAUGUACAGUAUUAGGUUGUCUUCUCAUGCAAAUGUGGAUGUCCCUUUUUACACCAACUGCAAUCAAGCAAACUUCCACAAGUGAUAGAGCUAUCAUCUUGAAAGUGGGGAAACAAAAUAAAGUUGACUAUCAGGUGAAGAAAAAAGAUUGGCUUCAAUGUGAUACGCAAGGUAUACCUGUACCUGAUUGCAAUUGGUGAAAUGGGACACACACGUCAAUAAUAAAGUUGACAAAUCUCUUUGGUUGCUUUACACCAAAUGCUUUAUGGAAAUGUGACUUUUGUGGUUUUCUUCCUCCUUUACGCAAGACUUUGCAGGGUAACCGACAGUCCAAAUGAAUGGGUAAACAAGAUAACCCAGUGUUGUGGAUGCUACUGCUUUCUGAGAAUUUGGCCUGCUUGAGCGUAUUGUGAAACAAUGCUGCUCCACAUGAAACAAAGUUGACAAAAGAAAAUCAUGGCUGCUUCUCAGUUCUGCGAAAUGCCAUCUCACUGAGCUGGAGCAGAAUAAGAUGUAUAAGAAAGCAAUAAAAAGUUUAUUUCCCAA